CGGGAGACUGCGCCGAAAAAGAUCUGUGAGUGCGGGGAGCGGGGGAAAUACGUGGUCGUGUUGUCAAAUAAUAAUCAGCCAUCAUGAUUGAUCGGCGUAGUGUUGUGGAGAACCUCCGCGCUUGCCUCCUUUCCAUAAAAGGAGGCAUAUCAGUGAAGGCUUUAGACCGAGACUACAGAACCUUAGUUGGACAUAGCAUUCCGUACAGAGAACUGGGUUAUUCAUCUUUGGAACAUUUUCUAAAGACUGUUGAAGAUAUGCGAAUUUUCACUGGUUCAAAUGGUGAAUUGAUGUUUGAUACCAUCCCUAAAGAAAACACUGCUCAUUUGGCUGCUUUGGUAGCUAAGCAGAAGUCUGCACCCAAAAAACUGAAAUUUCCAUUGAAGAAUGCUGCGCCAAGCAGAUCACGAAAUUUUCCGCCAGGAAACAAGUGGAAUUCCAAAAAACCUGAAUCGAAGCCUUCCUCUAGAAGACAGCCAAUUACUGUCACACUCAGUGGAAAAGGAGCUCAGUCAAAUAAUCAGUCAAACUCAGUGGUCCGAACGGUUCAGUCAUCUUGGACACCAGGCCGACCAGACAACUACGAAAAACCACCACGGUUUUCAAGAGGGGGUGCUAUACCUUCACCACAACCAACAGAUGCACACAUUCCAUCACUAUUUGAUAGAGCACCACCAUUGUACCCAGAAUCGCAUUACAGUUUGCCUACAACUGUUGAUCGUGUUCCAUAUCAGUCUGCUGCAGCACCUAUUGUUUAUGAAGAAUUUUAUAUGCCCCAACAACCUAUUCCACAGUUAUGUGAAAGCUUCAGCCAGUGUGAGGUGACACCUUCUGUGUCAACUCGUGUGCGACCUCCCAUUACACCCGUACGGCCUCCUGCUGCGCCUGUGCGACCGCCUCUUACACCUGCGAGACCUCUUGUUACACCUGCGACACCUCCUAUGACACAUCUUAAAGAAACAUUGCGGAAGGCUAGAAAUAAAGUGCAACCUUCUGUCAUUAUUGAGUCAUUCUUGCCUCGCAGAGGAAGUGGGUCUGAGAAGCUAUACACAGAUAAACUGCAUGAAUAUGCUGUGCAGCAUGGCCUGGGGGAACCAUCAUACAAAUUAGUACCUCGUAAACCGAAAGGAGAACCAUUUGUUUAUAGUUGUGUUGUAAAGGUUGGUGAUGAGAAUUUUAAUAAUUAUCCCGAUGAGAAAAGAACACCAGAGGAAGCAGCAGAGUCAGUUGCAAAAUUGGCUGUACUGGAAUUAACAAAACUGAAUAAAAGCCUUUCAGCUCAGAGCGGUACUACAACUGACAGAAAUGUAAUUAUAAGAAGAGUUAGCCAGAUAGUUAAAGAUUACGAGAGUGGACUGUUCAUUACACAAGUUCCUGUGGAGUAUACAAAAAGGCAUAGUGAAUCUCUUCCUGACAACUGGGAGAAAAUAAUUAGUAACUGCCCAACCAUAUCCAUGGAUACGAUAGCAGGAAAGACAAUUCUGUGGCCAGUACAGGCUUCACAAGAAACACAGCAACAGACGACAUUCCAAAGCCAGACUGGAAGUACUAAAGUGGAGAAACAAGCAGUGCCUCCCCUUAUUGAGUUUCCAGCAGACAAGAUUUGGGAUGUAUAUGUUACUAGUGCAGUAUCUACAGAUGAAGUGUGGGUUCGCCUCAUUGGUGAGAUGUUUAGUGAUCGCUUUGAAAAAAUGGCGAGUGAAAUGGAAGAGUUCUACAGCCAAAAGAAGAUGACUGCUCUGAAUCUGAGAGAUGGUUCAUUUUAUGCCAUAGAAUCUGAUGACUGCUGGCACCGUGUAGAACUUCUGGAAGUAAAUGGAGAUGAGGCAUCUGUGUAUUACAUUGAUCAUGGUGAUGAAGACACAGUACCAUGUGAUAAGCUUUGCGUGUUGGAUACUCAAUUUGCAGCUCUACCCCAACAGGCUAUUGUAUGUAGUCUAGCAGGCAUGGAGGAGUUUCGUGAUGAUGCAUAUGCAGUAAGUUUGUUGGAGAAGAUGGUAAUUGGUGGAACAUUUGUUGCUGAAGUAGAACCAAAUGCAGAAAAAGUUGCACUUGUGUUGUUUGACACAAGCACCGAUGAAGAUAUAAACAUGAAUCAGUUGUUAAGUAACAAGAUACGUCAACAUCAGUUCACUCCAGAACUGCCUCAGGUGGACACAGUGAAGGAUGUUUUCAUUAGUAGUAUAGCUCAUAAUGGAGAUGUCCAUAUACAGAUGAGUUUAAAACCUCUAGAUUAUAUAACUAGUCAAAUACAAUCAAUUUUAGAAGCAGCUGUGAAUGAGUAUCUGCCCAAAGCUUCAGAUGUCAGAAGAAAAGCGGAUGACCUAUAUUUAGCUCCUUAUGCUUCAGACAAUUCUAUGUACCGUGCAAAAAUUGUGGAGGAGUACCCUGCAACAAAUGAGGCAGACAUCAUAUUUGUUGAUUAUGGUAACAUAGAGCGGGCCCGUCUUGACAGUCUUAUACUUCUGGAAAAUGUAGAUGAUGAACUGAAGAGCAUUCCAUAUCAGGCAAUUAAGGUGAACAUGCACAAUUUACCAUCAUCAGUAUUCAAUGAAAAGGUUGCAAAUAGACUUCUGGAGCUGGUUCCGCAGACAGAUACUGUGCUCAUGAAAGUUAUAACACCAGGCACUGACACAGAAGCACCUACAGUGGAGCUCUUCAAACGGUUCACAGAUGAAAAACUAUUAGUGUCCAUCAACAACACACUAGCAUUGGAUCCAGACUUAAUAAGGUCAUCUGAAACAAGUUCUGGUACAGAUCUGCAACGUAAGAAACGUGCGGAACGUUCUCAGUCUGUACCAUCUGCAGGGAAAGGUCCAGAUGAACGUUACAGUGAAACUGGUGUUGUCUGCACUCCUGGAAUACCACCACCAUUAAUACCGAAAGUCAAUACUGUAUUUGAUAUUCAUGUAACAAUGGCUUCAAACCCCAGCAACUUUAUGGUACAAGCUUAUGAAAACCUUGCAGCACUUGAUGAAAUGAUGGACAAACUCCAAGAGAGGUACAAUGAAAUUGGUGGUAGCUCAGUUCCACAAAGUGUAGUUGAGGGAGAAUUUUAUGCAGUUCUUCAUUCUGACCAGCUCUGGUACAGAGGCAAAGUCAUAAGCGUUAUGAGUGAUUCAGUAAUUUCUGUGUACUUCUGCGACUAUGGUGAUGUCUCAGUCCUCUCCCGUGAAAAGUUCAGACUGCUGGCAGAUGAAUUUAAGACUCUGCCACAUCAAGCAAUAAAGGCAAAAUUAUGUGCUGUAAAACCAAUUCAUGGAGACUGGUCCGUGGAGGACUGUCUAUUGUUCCAGAGCUUGGUGGUGGAGAAGCAGUUUCCAUCUUUGGUUUUGGAUACAGGUCCAGAUAUUGUAAAUCCUCAUGAUACUGUUCUGGGAUUAAAGUUAAUAGAUACGUCAGGAGAAAAAGAUUUUUGCAUUGAUGAUUUGCUUGUAAAUCAGAACCGUGCAGUACUCGUUUCCAAGGAGCGGCUUUAAAUAUGCAUUCCAAUUUAUGUCUAUGUUGCUCAGAACUUGCAUUAGGAUGCAGUUAGUAUUUAUAUCAGUGGUUGACAAAUAAUACUUGCACUGCAGAUUUCGACUGAAAAUAAUGUUGCUCACAAAACUUCCAUUAUUUAUGUUUACUUGUUAUGGUAAAUAUGUAUUGUAAUGAAGUGUGUAGUUAUUUAUUAUUUCUGUAAUGAGAAUGUAAAACUUUAUUUCCUGUUUAACCUGUUUUCAGUAUAUGUUAUAUGGUUAUAACCAGUUUGUGUGGAAUAUAAUCUGACUUCGUGUUUCCAUUAUUACUGAAAUAUUGAAGGGAGAGGGGGUUUCAGAAAGAUCAAAGCAUUCUGUGUUUUGCUUGAAUCUUUAUUUCUUCAUUAAACGCUUUGUCAUAACUGAAUGUUGUCCUGUUUGCAAAUCUUUUCCUUGUUUGGAAAGUUAAUUGUUUCAAAAUGUUACAUUUAAAACAAGUUAAUAACUGGUCAAGUGUGAAAUAAGAAUGAAACCAGCUAAGUGUGGUUGUACAAGUGAACAGAGAAAAUUAUGAAUUAUUGCGAAACAGAGCACAUUCUUGAUUAAACAACAGAAAGGUAAAGUUAGGGAAAAGUAACAAAGUUAGAUAUGAGCCACCCAUAAUUUUAAUGCAGCCGACAUGUUAUAUUCCAUGUUGGGGGAAAAAUAGAAUUCAGUUUGUGCAAAGUAGAAAUUGAAAACUGCAAAUCCAGGGCAUUGAUCACUACCAAGGAUGACUGGAAGGCACCUUAACUGACAUUAUUUUCAUGUGUUUAUCAUUAUCACACACAACCUAUUUCAUAAAUACAUUUUUUAUUUAUUUAUUUAUUUAUUUUUUUUUUAAAAUUGCUGGAUUUCUGUCGUGUAUGAAACAACAAACCAAUAUUUGACAUUGAGUUGGCUGCCACAUAUCUCCUAGUUGUAGUAUCAGAUGUAAGACAUUAAAAUGCUCCUGCUAUACAUUAAAACUUUUAUCAAUUUGGGUCUUCCAUAUAAGUACCAAAUAGCAAAAUUUUAUUUAUGUGGAACUUUCUUCAGUUUGUGUGGGAGAAGCUAAUGGCAAACUGAAGCUUUUGACUGAGUCCAUAAGGUUUACUAGGAUUGUGUAAUUGGUAGUUCACUGCCCAUCAACAGUAAGUACGUUUAGGUCUGUUCCAGCAGACAGCAUACAUUUUUCCACUUGAAAUCCAUUGAGUUAGUACUCCUGUGUAGUUACAUCAUUAAAGUAUGUGCGUAUAUCAAAUCUUCAUUCCCCACCAUCCUUUUUUUAAAUUUUUUUUUUUUAAAUUCAUUCACAUGGAAUCCAUUAUACUGUGGAUCUGUCAGAACGGCUUGCUAAUUAGGAAUUUCUCUUUCCACCAGUAGCACACUGCUGUUGUCCUGCUUACUUUCAGGUUCUUAGUUGUUCUGUUUAUUUAAGGUUGUCUUCUAUUCAUUCACCCAAAGCUACUUGUGAAUGCUCUUGGGAAAUACUGUGGCAUGCAUUGCCUUUAUAGUAGCUAGAAAAUUUGUACUAAUUUUGUUUUUAGCUCAUGGAAAAAUAAUUAUUUUGUAAAUUCCAAUUUUAUUUUGUUUAUGUGGAUUGUGCAGGAAAACAUUACUGUUUCUUGAGAACCUGAUCGUGAUUUACAAUUAUUGUGAGUUAAAAACAUUUUAUAUUUCCUUAACUUUUUAUCUUUCAUUUGUGAAUUAUUUUUCUGCUGUGUUUUAUUCGAGUCAUAUGAGCUGUUAAACAAUUGUUUUCUGUCUCUAUGUAAAGAAAUGUGAUAUUUUGUAUUUACUUGUACCAAAGUAUUAGAUAUUCUUAAAAUGUAGGUUAAAAUGAGAUUUGACAUUUGCUGCAAUUUGUACUUUAUGUACCAAUGGACGUUCUGUGAAUGGAGAAUUCACGGAAGGAACAAAAAUAAACACACAAGAGAUACAAUAUGUAGUAAAAUUUCUGUAUGGUUUAGCUGUUACGUUGCCGGUUUUCUAUUAUUGUAAGAUUCCCUCAGAUAUAAACAAUAUUGUCAUUUACGUAGCUUUACUUAUUUGCAUUGCAUUUUCAAAGCAUUUUGACUGGCAGUGUAAUGUUGAUAUGUUGGUUGUAGGACAAAACUUGUAAGGCAAAUCUGUUACCAAGUCUUGCUUUUACAAUAUGGAAAAAUAAAAUGUGUAGUUGAGUAGUGGUUUGAAUAAUGUUGUAUAUUUCUGUACUAACACCAAUCAGAACAGAUGAUCAGUGAUGUGGAAGCUAAACUGGAGUCGAUCAGGUUUCAGCAAAUGUAACCCUCUUACAGAGAGAUUUUUUAAAACAUGGUUAAUACUAAUGAUCUUACAAUGAUGGGUUUAUACAGUUCUUUUGUAAGUGUAAGAUGUAGCUUUGAAUAAAUGAACAUCGAAGUAUGUAGACAGGGUUGAGGGAGAACAUUGCUUUUUAAUUAUGUCUUUAUUAAAAAAUGUUCUUUGUGGCGUGUACAUUGGUGUCCAUCUGUACAAUUUUUAGUCUUAUGGACAUCUUCAGUCUUCUGCCUGCGUGGUCUGUUCCUGUUAAACAAAUGCUUGCCAUUUUGUUUCAUAUAUUGCAUUUUUUACAAAAACUUCUACAUACAGUAUAUUUAUGUGUUCAUCAAAAGUAACAUAAUGAAUAUCAUAUUUCUUAUGUUGUUCAUGGACCUGUGCUAGUGAAUGUUUUGAAAUUUUUGUAUUCCACUAUACUAUUCAUUUUUGUUAAUUAGAGAUACUUAUCAUUGACUACCAUUGAUUGUUCCUAAGUGAAUGGGUUGUUCUGUUAAGCUUUAUAGUAUUAUUAUGUAUUGGAAAUGUAACUUUUAAGUUAUAUGUUAGCUGUUUGCCUUCAUAUCUUUUAGCAUAUGUUGGGUAACAUUUUUUUGUAGCUUUAAGAUACUAUUUUUAAAUAAAGUAUAUUGUUUACAUACAUAUUUUUACAUAUUUUAUUUCUGAAGCCAAUUGCUUCACAUGUAUCUUUGUUUUUAGUAUACAUUUAUCAUUGUGCCAUCUUUGGUGAAGUUCGAGGUGAACUUAAACGCGUGGUUUUACAGUUACUGCACAAAAUAAUAUAGUGUACCAUUCAUUUUUAUCUGACACUCCAGAAUCAAUUCAAGCUCAAGCAAUCAGUUUUUCUUGCUGUUGUCUGUUUAAUUAAAAAAUAAAUAAAUGAAUUUGGUUCCCAUAUAAAAUUUCAGGUGCAUUCAAGUUAUAACAUUUCCAUUUUUUUUCCCCUCAAAAUCUAAUCACACGAAAACUUGUCACUUCUUGACAUAAUCUCCCUGCAGCUAUACACAUUUUUCAUGUUGAUACCAUAACUCCAUGGCCAUUGCGAAUACUUCUUUAGGGGUCUGGGGUGACGACUGGAAAAUUGAGACCCUGUCUCAUCCAUUGUCACAAUCAAUAAAAAGAAAGUCCCAUUCAUGCUGCCCUAAAGCAUCAACAUUGCCUGCAACAUACCAUGUGCAUAAAAUUGUGAACAUCGAUCAGCAGUCAUGGCACCCACGUGGAGGACACUUUUUGCCAUUUUAAGUAUCAAAACAGUCCUCACUCUCGCCACUGCUGCUAGAGUUCUGUAUGUGUUAAAAACUGCCAUAUCUGUCCCACAUUCAUGAGUGCUUGCACUUUUAAAAACAAAUUGCAUCUUUCUAUCUUUUUCCAGCACUCAGGAAAAAUAAAAGUCAAGUGUUAAAACUUGAGUACAUUUCAUACUCAUUAAAAUUACAUAAUAGCCAUUUAUUGCAUUUCUCAACCCUUUUCUCCCUGCUCUGCCAACGCAUUUACACAUUCAUCUUAAAAAAUUUUAUUUGAAAACUGUGGUUCAACCUCAUGCAGCUGUUUAUCUCAUGGCACAUGGCAUAUUACGUUUCAAGACAUGUAUGUGUCGAUGUAUUCCCCACACUGAAUUCCACUUAAAAUGUAAUUUCUCUCAAGAAUGAGCAACACUGACUAAUUUGUAGAUAUCACUAUGUUGCAUUUUCUGACCCACCUAAAAUUUCUGUAAGAAUUACAAGGAAGAAGAGCCCAGACAGUGCCGCUGUUUAAAUAUUCCAAUUACUCAUAAAAACGUUUUUGUUUAAUUAGUCUUCAUUUGUAGACAAGAAAAUUUGCUGGGGCUAGGACUAUAGUUUUCUGUGUUCAAGUGUUAUCAGUGGUGAGUACAACGUAAUGCACACAUUGUGAAGAAUAAGGAUGGUAUGCAUUAGGGCUCCAGUAAAUGUUGAGGGGACAUACAGAGAAAUAAGCAGACAUUAGUCCUUAUUAGAGCUUCCAGAAUUUCUGUGGUGUGACCGCCAGACACCACACUUGCUAAGUGGUAGCGCCGGCCGAAGUGGCCGAGCGGUUAAAGGCGCUACAGUCUGGAACCGCACGACCGCUACGGUCGCAGGUUCGAAUCCUGC